AAGAUUCUCAGGGGAAGGACUACCUCUAUCGCCUCGGCCAGGAGUCCGAAAACAUGAACAUCGCCGUCGGCGCCAGGAAGGGCGUCGUCGACGACCUCUUCGUCGGCAAUUUCCUCGGAAAAGACUGUAAAAUCGAACAAAAACCCGUUUUUCUCUCCAUUAAUUCUUGGCGACUUGAUCUGCUUUCAACAGUCUUUUGUUUGUUUUGGCAGCGGAUAUUGUGUUUGAUUACAGGCAGAAGGCGACGAGGUCGUUUGAGUAUAUUCAAGGGGAUUACUACAUCGCUCCCGUUUUCUUGGAUAAAAUCGGUAAGCUCUCAGAAACAUUGAUAGAAGUUUACAACUGCCGACAAUUUGGUGCAGCGACAUAUUUCUGACAUGGAGAAAGAAUCAACCUCCAUGCCACAUGGUGAAGAACUACAUUAGUCAUUCUUUGAACGUCAAAGUUCCUUUAAUCUUGGGUAUCUGGGGAGGAAAAGGUCAAGGUAAAACAUUUCAGACUGAGCUAAUAUUUCGGGCAAUGGGAGUUGAGCCAGUCAUUAUGUCUGCUGGUGAACUGGAAUCUGAAAAAGCAGGAGAACCAGGCAGACUAGUACGUGAACGGUAUAGAACAGCUUCCCAAGUGAUACAAAACCAUGGAAAGAUGAGCUGUUUGAUGAUUAAUGAUCUUGAUGCUGGGCUGGGAAGAUUCGGAAAUACGCAAAUGACUGUCAACAACCAAAUUAUUGUUGGAACUCUGAUGAAUUUGUCAGAUAAUCCAACUAGAGUGAGUAUUGGGCAAAAAUGGAGAGAUUCAGAUGUCACACAUAGAGUCCCCAUCAUAGUGACUGGGAAUGAUUUUUCAACAUUAUAUGCUCCUCUGAUUCGUGAUGGCAGGAUGGAAAAGUUCUACUGGCGGCCAGACCGUGAAGAUAUUGUUAAUAUUGUCUAUCAGAUGUAUGUUAAAGAUGGAUUAUCAAGGAAUGAAGUUGAAAACAUUGUUGACAUAUUUCCUAAUCAAGCAUUGGAUUUUUAUGGAGCGCUGAGGUCAAGGACGUAUGAUCAGUCAAUCUUGAAGUGGGUACAUGAUAUCGGAGGAUACGAGAAGCUUGGCGAGAAACUUCUCAAAGUAAGGAAGGACGGCAAGCUUCCUACUUUUGUUCCGCCCAAGCAAACUGUGGAGGCUUUGCUUGAAGCUGGACGGUCUCUAGUCAAAGAACAGGAACUGAUUAUGAGUUCCAGACUCUCGAAGGAAUACAUGAAGAAUAUGGACGAAUAAGAUUUUGGUUCAAAAUAAAGGGGCCUGAUUAUCAAGUGUUUUUUAAAUGGUUGAUCAUAGGAAUGGGUGCACUUCAUAAGCUUGUAGACUCUUUUACAUUGCAGUUUGCUCUAUUUGUUCUAUUUAUUAUUUUUUUUCUUCCAUAAUCAUGACCACAUCCUGCAUGCUGAGGAUUGUACUAAGAGUGGGUCUAAAACUUAUUGUCCCAACUUUUGCUCUCUCUCUCUCUCUCUCUCUCUCUCUCUCUCUGGAUGGAGCAAGGAACAGAACUACCAUUUUGGAUAAGUUUUCUCAGUUUGGGGAAAUUCAUAGAUAAUGUGCAGCUUGAUAUAGGUCUUUCUCCA